CGGAAACAGCAGAGAAAAGGCUAGAGAAGACAAGAUGGCGGAGUGAGUGGGCUGCGCUUCGUUUGGACGCUCGCGCUCUUAAAGUUAGCCGGAAAGCAGUGAGGGGACUGAAGAAGGACCGUCAAUAUCAUCAGCACCGCCCGGAGCGUCGUCCUCAGCGCCCCGUGACCGAGACUCAGGACACUUUUCUGGGUUUUCGCUCCUCUCCACAGCGCUAGCUGGAUGCUAAGCUAGGCCUGCUGACGCUAGCUUCUUGUUGAAGGCCUCCAGCUGGAUUUACAGCCUCCGCUCCAGCCGCCAUUUCUGCUCUAAUCUCCCUGUCCUGCUAUGACAGAGCGCUCAUUCUGACAGUAGAAAAACCUUUGAGUGGAACAAACAUCAGUAGAUUUGGUUUUUCCAGCAACGCCAUCGAAUGUCCUGCCGAUAAGCGGGCUGGGCGGACCAACGCAGAUCUAACGCUCCUCGGUCGGUAGUUUGAGCCGGGAUCAUGGCGAGCAGCAGCGGCUCCAAAGCUGAGUUCAUAGUCGGUGGGAAGUACAAGCUCGUCCGGAAGAUUGGAUCGGGAUCUUUCGGCGACAUUUACCUGGCGAUCAACAUCACAAACGGAGAGGAGGUAGCUGUUAAGCUAGAGUCGCAGAAAGCCAGACACCCACAGCUGCUCUAUGAAAGCAAGCUCUACAAGAUCCUCCAAGGAGGAGUCGGGAUCCCUCACAUCAGGUGGUACGGCCAGGAGAAGGACUACAAUGUCCUAGUCAUGGACCUGCUGGGACCCAGCUUGGAGGACCUGUUCAACUUCUGCUCCCGACGAUUCACCAUGAAAACCGUCCUGAUGCUGGCAGAUCAGAUGAUCAGCAGAAUCGAGUACGUUCACACAAAGAACUUCAUCCACAGAGACAUCAAACCGGAUAACUUUCUCAUGGGCAUCGGCCGUCACUGUAACAAGUUGUUCCUUAUUGACUUUGGUUUGGCAAAGAAGUACAGAGACAAUCGUACACGACAACACAUCCCCUACAGAGAAGACAAGAACCUGACGGGGACCGCACGCUACGCCUCCAUCAACGCACACCUGGGCAUUGAACAGAGUCGCCGUGACGACAUGGAGUCUCUAGGCUACGUGCUGAUGUACUUCAACAGAACCAGUCUGCCUUGGCAAGGAUUAAAGGUAGGAAGAAUCCUGUGUCUGCAGGGUUUCCCAGCAGAGUUUGCCAUGUACCUGAACUACUGCCGCGGGCUGCGCUUCGAAGAGGCUCCAGACUACAUGUACCUGCGCCAGCUGUUCCGCAUCCUCUUCAGGACUCUGAACCACCAGUACGACUACACGUUUGACUGGACCAUGCUGAAACAGAAAGCUGCACAGCAAGGGGCCUCUUCAGGGGGACAAGGCCAGCAGGCGCAAACCCCCACAGGCAAGCAAACUGACAAAUCCAAGCCUAACUUGAAAGGGUUCUAAGUCACCGCCUCCCCGCCCCGAUCUGCUGUUGGUUGCCAGGACAACCUGAUGUCUCUUCCUGGACGAGCGACGGUCUUCUCUUCCAUCAUCACUAUCUAUGUAACGGAGCGUAUAGAUCUACAGGCAGCUGUGUGAUCUAUAUUUUCAUGUGUAUAAAUCAUAAGAUUCCAGUUGGGAAAUGUUUGGGCUUUUCUUUCCCCCCCUCCAUCAGUUUAUCGACCUUUGACCCUCUGCAGACGGUGGGAAGGUAUUUUCUGUCUGAGGUAACAGAUCCUUUCUUCUUCCUCACUACUAAAUGAUUUCAUCCUUUUACCAAAUGAAAGGUAAAACAUGUUAAACUGUCCUUUCUGUUCCUGAAUGAAUAAAUGACACAAACCCUGGAUGUUGAGUUUAAACUUUUUUUGUUGUUUUUUUUUUUUUUUCUUUUUUCCUAUGGUGAAUAGUUUGCUUGUUGAUAUAAGAAGCAAGACAGCAGUUGGUAGAAUGAUACUUUUGCUCUCUCCCUUUCUCUAGAAGUAUGAUUUAUUAAAUCUGUUGUAAAAUGGUCUUCAGAAAUGCCAAUAAAAACGUUACUAAACU